AUGGGAUGCAGCGCUUCGGUGGUACAACAUCCAUCGAAAUAUCGUGAUCAUGAACGUGCAAACUCUUCAGAGGAUGUCCAGUUCAAGCCCUCUGCAGGUCCCUAUGACAAGCUCUUGACCCCAGAGUUUCGCUUUUCCAGCAAAGCUCUUCUUGUCGGUUCAGAUGGUGCGAUGCCCCUGGCAUUAGGCACGGCAGAUGCGCACCAAAUUCCUCAAGCUGGUCGGCGCGAAGUGCGUGAAACCAAAGUCUCAUCAAGGCAAGAGCCUGCUGAACCCUGGGAUGUUGAAGAUUUGAGCUAUGGACCCAGCUUUGGACCUGAAGAGUUGAGUGCAGACAUCCUUCGGCGCUGGAGGCGGCUGCCUGCCGCAUAUGUUGUGGGAGGAACAUUGGCCAAGACUGACAAUUGCGAAGUUCACUUGGCAGCCCAGGUUUCUGACAGAACCAAGAUUGUGGUUAAGCGCGUUCACAAGAGACAUUCAGCACAGCCUUAUCCCACACAUGUAAACGAAGUACGGUGCCUUGAUCGGCUGCGGCAUCCUUGCAUUGUCAAGCUCCUGGGAGUUAUUGAAAGAUGUGACGCCCUUGACAUACUUCUGGAAUACUGCAACGGGGGAGCGCUGCGAAACUUUGUCGAGGAAGGUUGCGGUUCUUGUUCGCCCCUGCAUCCAGUGCUUUGUGAUGUGAUCUCGGCUCUGGUCUUCAUGCACGGAGAGUGGUUUGCACAUCUUGACGUGAAGCCGCACAACGUCCUCGUGGAGCUGGGGCCAGUGCUGCGCGGCAAGUUGUGUGAUUUGGGCACCGCAACUCGAAUCGGAGCAUCGAACUGUCUGCGCGGCCUCAUGGGCACGCCUGGCUACCGGGCUCCGGAAAUUGACGGCGGCUUGGAGUUCAACGCGUACAAGGCAGACGUCUGGUCCAUGGGCAAGGUGUUUGCCUUCGUGGAGACCUGUUCUGGUGGAUCAUUAGAGAUGGACUACAGCUUUGUGCUGAGUGAUGAUCCAAAUCGACGCCCCUCCAUGACAACCUGCCUCAAACUUUUCAAAAAUGGGAGCGGGUUGCGCCCAGUUUGCGUGCAGUCAGCAUGUGGAAGAGAUGACCUGUUUCUGAAUGUUAGCCAUCAAUCACUCAAGCACCUCCCAGCAUCUGUCGUUCGUCAGGAUUCCAUCAGUGGUUGUCACAUGGUGGGGUACAGGUGA